GUAACAAGAGAAACGAAGAAGAAGAAGGCCCAGAGACGCCCAAGACCAGCAAUCACCACCAGUCGCAACAGCAGCAGCAGUCACACCCCCAAGUGGGCUCUAAGUCGGGCAGCUGCAAAGGAUCCCACAGCAACGGCAAGGCGGACGACUACUGGAUCACCCGCGAGACGGCCACGUAGCGGGAAAGCCCGGAGUCACCGUCGCCUGCUGCCAUGGCUUACGCAGCGGCUUCGGCGACUCCCGAGCGUGCCGUCGAGCAGCAGCCGCCCAUGUCCGCACCACCGUGCUGGUGGUCAGACACGUCGGCACGCCACACGACGCUCACCGCGGCGAUGCCUGCACCGGGCCACGCACCUCCCGAACGAGAGGCUGUGGCGCUGGCCUCGUUUCAUGGCGGCCAGCCUCCACCCCAGCGGCGGUUGCCGCAGCACCUCCACCUCGUGCCGCACAUGCCGCUGCACGAGCUCGAGCUGCAUCGGCGGUUCCAGCAGCAACAGGAGCAGCACCAGCAGCAGGCCGCGUGUGUCAUAUCGGCCAGAGUGGCGGCUACCCAUGGAGGUGUCGACACCGGUUACGGAGUUUGA